AAAACGUGAAAAUUUUCUCAAGAGCGUUGCAUUAAAAAUCUCGUAUUAUUGUAUGAAGUUACUUACAGACAUGCCCAUGUGUGAAAAUGUUAAACUGACUUCACAAAGACAAAAUCCCUCAUGCAAACUCCAACAAACUUUCGUUGUUUUUCUUUUUAAAUAAAAUUAUUAUUUAAUCUGCUGACUAGUGUGUUUUUGUGCACCGGUCACUUCUUGUGAUCGAUCUUCCCGGCGGUUCCUUGGUGUUCAGAUCGCUGACCUCUACAUUGUUGGAGCUAAUCUGGUCUAUAGUCCACAUUUGGGCUGCAUGCGAGCAGCUCGGUUCUGGGUUUGAUUCUGAAUGUCUGGUUAAUGAUCUGUUUACAUCUAAGCUCAGAAGAGCGCAGGGGAAAUUCCAGUUUUUAUCAUGUUUUCACUUUCAUUUUUAAUUACUGCAGGAUUACAUUUUUUUUAUUUUAUUUUUUUAUGAUUUAGGCUAUUUGAAUUAAUCGGACAGACAGAAAGAUUAUAUAUAUAUAUACGUUCCUCAGCGAUCUACAAUAUUCGAUUUGAAACGUGCAAAUCUGUCCUAAAAUGUUCUCUUUUAUGGGAUGGACGCAACAAAACGAGUGCAAUGUUUCCAUUUUCUGUCGAAUACAGAUAUAACUUUUUGCGCUUUAUUCUUACAAUCUUGAAUAAAACAAACAAACAAAAAAAAAAAACUAAACAGACUAGAAAAACAUGAAAGGUGCAGGCAGUCCUUGGUCACACUCAGUGGUGACACUGGUUUCACGCGUAACAAAAGGACAGAUAACCAACGAUCCGUUAUUCGCUGCGCUAGACAGGUUUUUGCUGCGAAUGAAAAUGGGCGCAGCUACAUCUACACCAAAGGAGAAGUGCUAUGAUCCCAACGACUCCUCGCUGACAUUUGUCGACCGAGAGGAUGAAUUGGACUUUUUGUGUGAAGGCUUCACAUCACCAAGAACGCAGAUGUCCUGUGGUCACGCUGUGACCCCGAGGUCCCUCACUAACUGGUGUCUCAAGCAGCUGGAUGAGGGGCAAAGCAGGUUUGUGUGUGGUGUGUAUGGCUGCAAUGCUCGGUGGUCUUACAAGGAAAUUCAGAAGAUGGCUCUCCUGACUCCUGAAGAAAUAAAGCACUUUAAGAAAAUGAGGACCAUCAAUGCUGCUGUUAACAGAAAAUGUCCUGGAUGCAAGUCCUCUGUUGCAAGACAAAAUGAGUUUAAUCUCUGCGUCAGCUGCAAAGCAUGCACAACAAAGACAGAACAUCCAUAUGAGUUCUGCUGGCAGUGUCUGAGGGAAUGGAAAGGUCCAAAGCCACGGUUGGACCGCUGUGAGAAUGAUGGCUGCUGCAACACGGCGCUUCAAACUCUGAAAACCUGCCCGGAUAUCGUCUUUGACACGGUGAAAGGAAUCACUGGAUGUCCCUCCAUCCGUGGCUGUCCCACCUGCGGGUCACUGCUGGAGCAUAAACGAAAUCACUGCAAACACCUUGACUGUCCUCAGUGUAAGGUCAAGUUCUGUUUCGUGUGUCUCAAGACUUUUACUGAAUGUUCGAAAACAAGUUCAAUAUCAGCACCGUGCUCCAGUGGUGUUGCUCCCAGACAGACGGUUAUCCCUGCGUGGAAAAAGAAUUAAUGCUUCUUCUUCUGCUCAGAAAUGUCGGCAUGUUAGAAAUAUUCAGCGGAACCAAUUUAAGUGUAAAAACCAAAACCUAAAAUCAUUUGUUUGUUCAGAACCAUGGACAGCGUACUGCUUUUACACUAUGAACUUUUCCACUUUUGUCACAUCCAGACCUGCUGGAAUGUGUUUUAUUUGUUUUGUUGUUUUCUCUUCAUAAUUUAAGAAAUUGCAUGGAAUUUAUUUUAGGGCUUUUAAUGUGUACAAAAUGUUACAUAAACAUAAUGAAUGCCAAUGUUUUUCAGAACUAAUACAUACAUUCAUUUAAUUGAUUGUCAACUUAAAACGAUUGUUUCAGCUGCAGUUUUAAAUUUGUUUUAAAUAGAAAAUUAUCUGCAUGUUAUUCCCAGCAUUCAUACGGAUGAAAAUUGUCCGGUUAGAUUUUGCUGAGCUCAAAGGGAAAACUAUGUCAACUAGAAGAUAUUUAGUCCUAGCUCAGCUGCUUUCUCCAUUAUUCUCCAUUCAAAUUUCUUAUUUCCUAUAUUUUCCUUUUGUCCACAGGCUUUGAAUGCAAUCUCUAUCUCUAUCAAGACCACUCCAUCUUGAUUGGGGCUCUGUAAUGUAGACACAGUAAUUUCAUAGCAACUGUGAUUUUCUCAGUUCUAAGAACAUUUAUACCAUAAUUCCCCCCAUAAAGCUACUGUUGGGCUUGUUUUAAUUGCACUUGUUAUUAAUCACAGAGCUAAAUGAUGAAAGAAAUUCAGCUUUUUGAAAGCUGUCAGGAGCUGAUUGUUAUGAACUGCAUACUUAAUUUACUAAACACCUUGUUACAUUCAGCAUUUCUCUACAUUUAUUCUCCUUCUUUUAAUCAAGGACUGUAAAGGGUAGUUGUUUAAUAAAGCAAUAAUCCCCAAAAUUUAAAUUCUA